AUGGUGAUUGUAAUCCUCGCUGUUGUUAUACUUCCAUUCACAUUCCUGAAAAGUCCUGGAGAAUUCUGGGGUGUGAUCGUGCUUGCCAUGAUCACCACCGUAAUCGCUGUGUUGUCAAUUCUUGUUGGUAUAGGAAUUGACGCUCCUGCAUGCUUCCCGGAAGUGGCAUAUCCUGUCCAAACAUCUGGAUCAAUUAUUUUGUCUCUUGGAAUUUUCCUCUUCGCCUUCUCUGGUCACUACGUCUUCCCCACCAUUCAGCAUGACAUGAAAAAUCCGCAUGAGUUCACUAAAAGUGUCGCUGUCGGAUUUUUCCUUGUCGUUCUUCUCUAUAUGCCACUUUCCGUGUUCGGAUACAUUGUCUAUGGUGCAUCGUUGGAAAGCUCUGUCAUCUACUCCAUACAAACCGGUUGGCUUCAGCUCGGAGCUAACCUUAUGAUCGCCGUACACUGCAUCAUGACUCUUGUCAUUGUUAUCAAUCCGCUUAAUCAGGAAGUGGAACACUACCUGAAAGUUUCACACAGCUUUGGAACUGGACGAGUUCUCACGCGAACGACUGUACUUCUUCUGGUGCUCUUCGUUGGACUGUCUGUGCCUGACUUCUCGCCUGUGAUGAAUUUGGUUGGAGCGUCUACUAUUCCCGUUGGAUGUGUGGUACUGCCAUCAUUGUUUUACUUAUGGAGUGAAGCAGCGACUGAAGAUGAAUGGAGGAAAGGGCAUACCCCAUCACUGAUGAGCGUGGAUUCGCCGUACCGACAAGACGAAACUGAUCAUUAA